AUGGCGGUCGAGCCUGAGCAAGCAGAAGCACCGAAUGUUGAGACGAAUAAGUUAUCUUUGUCAUUGUUUCGAAGGCCCGACAAGUUUAAAAUUGGCGAAGACUUUGAUUUGUUCAUCAAGAAAUGUAAUUUGUACUUCGAAGCAGUGGAACUUGAAGAUGUUAAAAAGCGACGAUUUGCGCUGUUGUUUAAUUUGAGCGAAGACGCGUUUCGUUUGGCAGAACCGGUUGAGUUUGGCGAAGGGGAAAACGCGUACAAAGAUUGGAUUGGAAAGUUGAAGUCGUUAUUUGAAAGGAAUCAGACUGCUACAGAGAAACGUUACAAUUUUCAUCGUCGAGAACAGGAGCCUGGUGAGUCUGUUGAUUCGUAUGCUGUUUCUUUGCGAGAAGCUGGAGCUAGAUGUGGUUUCGAAACAUGGUGA